AUGGACCAACAAGAGUGUAUGCGUCUAGCGGCUGAGUAUGCCGUGGAAAGUUAUGUGCGUGAUGGCAUGAUAGUUGGCCUUGGUACUGGCCGUACGGCUAGUCACGCAGUACGUCACCUGGCCAGGUUGAUUGACAGUGGUAGAUUACGUAACGUGAUCGGUGUAGCCACUAGCAAGGCCACACAAAGCCUGAUCUCGGAACUUGGGAUUCCAUUUAGAGAUAUCAACGAAUCGUCAAGAAUCGAUGUUGCCCUUGAUGGAGCUGAUGCUUUCGAUACUGAUCUUAACCUGAUCAAGGGUGGUGGUGGAGCACUUUUCCGUGAGAAGUUGGUAGAAUUAGCUGCGGAUAAGCUAGUUAUUGUAGUUGACUCGAGCAAAAAAGCGGCAAGUCAUCUUUUGGAAGCAUAUCGCGUACCUGUGGAGAUUGUGAAGUUUGGUCACGCUGCAACUAUACGUCGAAUAUUGGAACGAGUAGGUCAUUUAGUCCGCAACUGGAGCCAACGCUGCAAUGGAGAUGGGUCGCUGUAUGAAACAGAUGACCUAAAUGUCAUUAUUGACGUUGAAUUUGCUCCAUCUGACCCCGCGCGUCUUGACGCGGAGCUUUGUUCGGUACACGGCGUCGUAUGUACAGGGCUUUUCCUGGGAAUGGCUUCUGCGGUUGUAAUCGCUCACCCCGAAGGCAAUGUGGAGCCACCCCAAUCCGAUCCUGUUGUUCCCUCCUUCUAUGGCGAAUGGCGAAUUAUUGAUGAACAUGAGUUCAUGAGUCCCACUGCGGCUGCUAUGCGCACAGAGUCUGAAUAUUCUCAGGCUUUCGUAGUAACGGAUGAUACUGGUAUAUUACAUACGGAGUUGCGCGAUCUGAGGUCAUCAAUAGCUUCACCUAAUAAUGACAUCGCCGAACGACUAGGAGAGAUCAAUAGAGAGACUUCCGAACAACUGGACAAGGCACGCCGCAAGUUUCUAGCAAUAGAGUCUACUUGGCAAAAGAACAAUUUUCAACGAUACCUUGAUGCAGAUCGGGAGACUCCUGGACAACAUUUGAGCCAUGUAGACCGCAAGUUGGCACAAGCUGUGCGUGAAGUAGUAGAGAUGAAACGUGAUGCGGAGACGGCUUUGAUGGAGCUUACCAAAUCAGUGGCCAGUGUAGAUUCUCUGAUAGGGAAAACUAAUCGACUUAAACGCAGCACUUGUACAUUCAGACAACAAGCUUAUGCUGAGAAGAAGUAUGGAACGUGGUCCUUUAAGCUACAGCUUUUUAUCGCAGCCAUUGUCUCUUUCGCGGGGUACACCUUGAUCAGGUACUUUGCGUGGUAG